ACCGGAUCGCGUUUGCGCAUUAACGACAACGGUUAUUGCCGGUCCGGCAUUUUUUGUCUAAUUUUUUAUAAAUGUGUGUAAACAAAUGCUGUGUUUAUAAACAAAUUUGAAAUGAGUGUCGCUUUAAAUUGUUAACUAUUUGAAAAUCAUCAUGACGUCCAAAUAUUUGCAAUCUUUUAAAGAUAUACUAACAGACAGAAGAACAGAAUAUAGUAAUUUUAUGUGGAUUUCUCGACACUUGGACCCUAAGGCUGCUUAUGAACGUUUAAUUAAACCUACCCCAAACUUUCACAAAGAGGAAGUACUAAGAAGCGUUAAGAUUCAAGAGAUAAUCGAUCGAAUCUCACGAGAGACCGGCUUGCAAAAGGGCAAACUUGCUAACAACGUUUGGACGAUACUGAACGAGAUCGGCUUCAACAAGCGCUUGAGUAUAAUCAGGUGGCUGGGAUUUUUACUAACCAAAAUUGGCCUACAAGUUUACUCGGGGAUUAAAGUAAACGAGGAGAAACUUCUGAAGAUAAAGGAACAAAUGGGCAACAAGCCGGUUGUAUUCCUCCCAACCCACAGAAGCUACGCAGAUUUUAUUGUUAUGUCUUAUCUCUGUUUCACAUACAACAUUGAAAUACCUGCAAUUGCGGCUGGAAUGGAUUUUUAUAGUAUGUGGGUGAUGGGAAGUGUGUUACGGGAUACUGGUGCUUUUUUUAUGAGACGAUCUUUUAAUAACGACCAUUUGUAUUGGGAUACUUUCCGUCAAUAUAUACACCAGAUAAUAACGGAAGGUGAUUUACCGUUAGAGUUUUUUGUUGAGGGUACACGGAGUCGUAGUGGAAAAUUCUUAGUUCCCAAGCUUGGAUUGCUGUCGAUGGUGCUAAAACCGUUCUUCACUGCAGGUAUCCCCGACAUAUUAUUCAUUCCUAUCAACAUCAGCUACGAUCGUGUGCUUGAGGAGAAGUUAUUCGCUUAUGAAUUACUUGGCGUGCCGAAACCUAAAGAAAGUACCUCUGGUUUCUUCAAGUCAUUGAGCAUUAUGAAGGAAAAUUAUGGAAAUCUCUAUGUUGAUUUUGGUGACCCAAUUUCUGGGCGUGAGUUUUUUGGUGGCGUAGUUAACAGGGCGCUUCACAACAUACGGCCAAUUCACUUGCAAGAGUUUACAGAGCAAGAGAAAAGUUUGACUGCCAAGUUAGCUAACGAAAUUGUUAUCAAUCAGCAGAAGUGUUCUGUAAUUACAACGUUCAAUAUAAUUGCGUUAGCUUUGACAAAUAAUUAUGCCAUGGGGUGUAAGGGAAUGAAAGUGGAGGAUCUUGUAGAGGACGUGAGUUGGAUUAACGAUUAUCUGAUUCAUUUUGGCGCGCACACUGAAUUAGAUAGUGUGGACAUUCAAAGUGGUUUAAAAGUGCAUAAACACUUGAUUGAAAUCACCAGUGAGAAGACUGUUAAAUUGGUUGACCAUUGUGUUGCAUUAAAGAGCAUAGAUUCUUCAAAGCUUAGAGGGCAUGCACUAUCCCAAGAUACUAUGAAUUCCAUCCUUCCUUUCGUUAUGCUUCAGUUGUAUGUUAAUCCUGCUCUGCACUAUAUAUCUCAGUCAGCCAUGAUAAUCAUCAUCUUACAGCAUCACAAAUUGAUUAAUAAAGAUAAUCUUUUUACUCAAUACACGUUUUUGCAAACAUUAUUUUCACACGAAUUUGUUUCAUGUAAUACUGGAAGCAAUUCGAAGUUUGAAGAACUACUGCAAGACUUAGCAAACGUAGCAUUGAUACACUGUGAUAGUUCCGGUUAUUAUUUAUCCGACAGUAAUAAGCUACAAAUGUUUUUGAGGAAUAAUUUUACCCCGUUCUUAUUUACGUACUAUACCAUUUGUAACUUACUUCUGCAAAGUGACGGGAUGGUCAACGAAAAGACUGCCGCCGCUACUGUUCAAUCACAAAUUGAAAAACUCAUAGCUGUUCGGAAGUGUUUUAUCCACCCAUAUUGUUUGAACUUGGAUACAAUAGCAAAUGCAUUUUCUAGUUUAACAUCUAUGGAAAUCAUUCGUAAGGAAAAAGUAGACGAUGACACCUUUUGGAAUGUAAACAUGGAACAGUUGAUUAAUUUAUGCUGUAAAAUAGAGGUAUAUUUAGAUGCCGAACUACGAGUCGAUAAGCUGCAGCCAUCGCGAACUGUGUUACUAAGUUCCAAACUUUAAAUUUUACUAAUGACAGUGUUUUUAUUUAUUUAUAAUUUUAUUGAAUUUGUAAUUUAUUGAAAAAAGUGUAAUUGUGACAGUUUUUAACAGUGUAAAGUUUGAAUAAACACUGAUUAUUUAAACAUG